GUUUCCCACAAUCCUCCACGCUUUGCAGCUUUCCCUGAGCUCCACCCCUGACUCCGUAUUGUCAGUCAGGAUUGGUUCACUGGAUCAAUAACUGGUGACGUCAAAUUUUAAACUAGUCUUGCGGUCCGUUGGUUCCCAGGGUUAUUUCUUGUGUGCAGAAGAGCUUCAAUUUGCAAAGAUAAACAGCAAACACCCAGAAGAAUCCACUUUGUGGUUGCUUCUACGGCGUCUUCACAACCGAACCAGCUGAUGAGUCUCGGCCACCGGAUCCUCGUUCCUCUGGAUCCUUAUCAGUGGCUUAAACCUGGAAGAUCCACUGUAGAGGAACAGUCAGGAGAAACUCACUGGGCAGAGAAAUGCUGAGGAGAAAGACAAAGAUGAGUCAAAACUCCAUCUCUUGUUCCAUCUGUCUGGAUCCACUGAAGGAUCCGGUGACUAUUCCCUGUGGACACAGCUACUGUAUGAACUGUAUUAAAACCCACUGGGAUGAAGAAGAUCAGAGAAGAAUCUUUACCCUAGAAGUAUAUGCCUGUCCUCAGUGCAAGAAAAUUUUCUUAACUCGGCCUGAUCUGGAAAAAGACAUCAUGUUAGCAGAGUUAGUGGAGGAGCUGAAGAAGACUGGACUCCAAGCUGCUCCAGCUGAUCACUGCUAUGCUGGACCUGAAGAUGUGGCCUGUGAUGUCUGUACUGGGAGGAAGCUGAAAGCCACCAAGUCCUGUCUGGUCUGUCUGGUUUCUUACUGUAAGAUACACCUCCAACAUCACUAUGACGUAGCUCAGUUUAAGAAACACAAGCUGGUGGAGCCCUCCAAGAAUCUCCAGCAACUCGUCUGUUCUCGUCAUGAUGAAGAGUUCAAGAUUUUCUGUCGUACUGAUCAGCAGAGUAUCUGUUAUCUCUGCUUAAUGGAUGAACAUAAAGGUCAUGAGACAGUUCCAGCUGCAGCAGAAAGAGCUGAGAAGCAGAAGGAGCUGGAGGUGAGUCGACAACAAAUCCAGCAGAAAAUCCAGGACGGAGAGAAAGAUGUGAAGCUGCUUCAACAGGAGGUGGAGGCCAUCAAUGGCUCUGCUGAUAAAGCAGUGGAGGACAUUGGGAAGAUCUUCAUUGAGCUGACCCGUCUCAUCCUGAAAAGAAGCUAUGAUGUGAAGCAGCAGAUCAGAUCCCAGCAGGAAACUGAAGUGAGUCGAGUCAAAGAGCUUCAGGAGAAGCUGGAGCAGGAGAUCACUGAGCUGAAGAGGAAAGACGGCGAGCUGGAGCAGCUCUCACACACAGAGGAUCACAGCCAGUUUCUACACAACUACCCCUCACUGUCAGCACUCAGUGAGUCUACACACUCAUCCAGCAUCAAUAUUCGUCCUCUCAGAUACUUUGAGGAUGUGACAGCAGCUGUGUCAGAGACCAGAGAUAAACUACAGGACAUCCUGAAAGAGAAAUGGACAAACAUCUCACUGGCAGUCACUGAUGUGGAUGUUUUACUGUCUGAACCAGAACCAGAACCAAAGAGCAGAGAUGACUUCCUAAAAUAUUCAAGAGAAAUCACACUGGAUCCAAACACAGCAGACACACGUCUGUCAUUGUCUGAAGGAAACAGAAAAGCAACAUUAAAGGAUGAUGAACAUGAGUGGAAGACGAUGUCAUUUUCUAGUCAUCCAGACAGAUUUACGUUUUGGAAUCAGGUCCUGAGCAGAGAGAGUCUGACUGGACGUUGUUACUGGGAGGUGGAGUGGAGAGGAGGAGGAGUUUAUGUUGCAGUUGCCUACAAGAACAUCAACAGAGCUGAAUACUCAAAUGAAACUAGAUUUGGAUUCAAUAACAGGUCUUGGGCAUUAUAUUGUGACACUAAAAGUUACACAUUUCUGCACAACUGUAUAAAAACUCCAGUCUCAGGUUUUCCUUCCUCCAGAAUAGGAGUGUAUCUGGACCACAGAGCAGGCAUUCUGUCUUUCUACAGCGUCUCUAAAACCAGGACUCUCCUCCACAGAGUCCAGACCACAUUCACUCAGCCGCUCUAUGCUGGAAUUCGCUUUUACCAGAACCUGUUUUCAAAUCCUGGUGGAGACUCUGCUGAGUUUGUUAAACCAAAAUGAACAGAAGUAAUUAAAGGCUCAGAUGGUUAAAAUGUGUAUUUUAGUUUCCAGUUUAUUUAUCUUCAUUGUUGAGUCAUUUCUUCAGCUGUCAAUCACAUUUUCUGGGUGGUUCUCUGACAUCUUCUUGUUUGUUGUUUUGUUGAUGUUUGGGUGGAGCUCCUUCCUGUGUCUGCAGCCAUGGAGGCUAUCACUGCUCAUGAGCAUUUUAUUCACCUAAACUAAUUCAUUUACAUUUAAUUAGUCACAGCAAAUGUUGUUGUUGUUCUAAUGGAUGUACAGAUGAGGUGAUACACAGCUGAUGUCAUCAGUAUCAUAAUGUCAGAUUCACUUAUUGUGGGAUGAAGAGAAUCGGUUCUUGAAACCAUUGGACAAGAAUCAUUUAGCAGAUUUUAAAAAUGUAAUGUUGCAACAAAUUGAUGAUUUAAUUGAUCAAUAAAGAUGUUUCAUGAAU